AUGCCCCGCGGCGAGUGGGAGCAGUGGCGGCGGCGGCGAAAUGCCCCGCGGCGAGUGGGAGCAGUGGCGGCGGCGGCGAAAUGCCCCGCGGCGAGUGGAGUAGUGGCGGCGGAGGCGAAAUGCCCCGCGGCGAGUGGGAGCAGUGGCGGCGGAGGCGAAAUGCCCCGCGGCGAGUGGGAGCAGUGGCGGCGGCGGCGAAAUGCCCCGCGGCGAGUGGGAGCAGAGGCGGCGGCGGCGAAAUGCCCCGCGGCGAGUGGGAGCAGUGGCGGCGGCGGCGAAAUGCCCCGCGGCGAGUGGAGUAGUGGCGGCGGAGGCGAAAUGCCCCGCGGCGAGUGGGAGCAGUGGCGGCGGCGGCGAAAUGCCCCGCGGCGAGUGGGAGCAGUGGCGGCGGCGGCGAAAUGCCCCGCGGCGAGUGGGAACAGUGGCGGCGGCGGCGAAAUGCCCCGCGUCGAGAGAAGCAGCGGCGGCGGCGGCGAAAUGCCCCGCAAGGAAGAAAAGCGGGACACGAUGGGGCGCAUUCUAGCGAGGGGGCACAGCCGGGUGCCGGUGUAUCGGGGCCAUCCCAGCAACAUCAUUGGCGUGCUGCUCACCAAGACGCUGCUACUGCGGUUGCACAGCCGACUCCUGACAUGUCUGGGCAGGUCCCCCCUCCCCCACUUGGCCCCUUUCCCCAGCUGGUGUCUCAAGAACCUUGCUUGCCCCCUCCUUCUGGUGCUGUGUGCCUGGCAGGGACACGAUGGGGCGUAUCUUGGCGAGGGGGCACAGCAGGGUGCCGGUGUAUCGCGGCUAUCCCAGCAACAUCGUUGGCGUGCUGCUCACCAAGACGCUGCUACUGCGGUUGCACAGCCGACUCCUGACAUGUCUGGGCAGGGACACGAUGGGGCGUAUCUUGGCGAGGGGGCACAGCAGGGUGCCGGUGUAUCGCGGCUAUCCCAGCAACAUCGUUGGCGUGCUUCUCACCAAGACGCUGCUACUGCGGUUGCACAGCCGACUCCUGACAUGUCUGGGCAGGGACACGAUGGGGCGUAUCUUGGCGAGGGGGCACAGCAGGGUGCCGGUGUAUCGGGGCCAUCCCAGCAACAUCGUUGGCGUGCUGCUCACCAAGACCCUGCUCACCGUUCGCCCCGAGGACGAGACCCCCGUCUCCUCCAUCUCCAUCCGCCGCGUCCCCAGGUAGGCCUUUUGAGGCACCUCAAACAUAAUCCCAGCAACAUUGUUGGAGUGCUGCUCACCAAGACGCUGCUCACCGUGCCCCCCGAAGACGAGACCCCUGUCUCCUCCAUCUCCAUCCGCCGCGUCCCCAGGAUGGCAGCGAGCUUGCCGCUGUACAGUGUGCUGAACGAGUUCCAGAAGGGCAGCUGCCACAUGGCCGUGGUCGUCAAGAAGAAGACUCCGCCCCCUCCCACCCACACUUCCCUUGCUGCUGCUGCCGCCGCCGCUGCUGCCGCUGCUGGUGCUGCUGCUGCUGGUGGCAGUGGCAUGGGGGGAGUGCAAGGGGGUGCAGCGGGGCAGGCAGAUGUGCUGACGAUAAGCAUGCCCACGAGCACAUCGGAGUCCUCCCAGCACGCGCUCUUCAACGAUCCCACCUACUGCGAGACGCACAGCCAGGGGGGCGACAGCCGCCGCACCUCCGAAGACCUGCACGAACAUUCCUAUGCCUAUGGGGGCGGGGGUGGAGCGGGUGGCUAUGGGGGUGGGUACGGCUAUGGGAGUGGGAAUGGGUAUGGGUAUGGGAGUGAGACUGGUAGUGGACGGAGACAGGGCAAUUACCAGCAGGAGCCUAGGACUCCUCCCCCUCAGGGGCAAGCACAAGGCACUGUGUUCCGAGGAGCUUCCACUGGAGAUUCGCCUCUGCAACGGUCCCUCACUCCCCCUCCUGGUCAUUACCAUCAGCAUCCGAAUGAGUAUCAGCAUCAGCAGCAGCAGCAUUAUCGGUUUGAGCGCCCCAGAACGCCCCCGCCAGUGCUGCUGGCGGCAGAGACAGCUGCUCUGGCGACUGGAGGGUCCUCUGCUGCUGCUGCGUUCGCUGCUGCUGCUGCCAGUGCGGGAUUCGAGCACACACAUGGGGGCGCCGGUGCUCCUGGUGCUGGUGCUGGGUUUGAGCAUACCCAUGCGCCUGCUCGGGGGGAGCAGGAGCGGCAGCAGGAGGGGCAGCAGGGGGGGCAGCAGGAGGGGCAGUAUGGGGAGCAGCAGGAGGGGGGCCAGGGGUUGCAGCAGCGGGGGGAGCGGGGGAGGAGGAGAGUAUAG